CAGCAAUUAACAUAUGUAAAGCAUUUCAGAAAUUGCAUAUUCCAUUUUUUUAAAAAAGGAGGCACUUAACUUUUAAAAUAAGUAUUGAGUGCAAUGCCUAGAUGGAUAACAAAAGAAAAUCUUCCUUGAACAAAUACACAUGGGGGAUUGGUAAACUUUUCUUCAGUUUGCAUAAUACUUCAAGAUUGAUCUUAAAAUGAAUCAGCAAGUGAAAGCAAAACGUCAGGAAAAUCUUUUCAUCUCCUACUACCAUUAGAUUGCUGUUAUUUAGAUCAGGGUUUUUUGGUUCAUGCCUCAUUACAAACCCGGACACUGUAUAACAAAAUCUGGCAUCCAUGAGCUUCGAACCAAACAACCUCUAAUGCAAUUGGAAACCUUUACAAAUUGAAAUUACUAUCACCUUUAUGGUACUAUGCUUCUAUGCCAGCGAAUCUGUUAAGAUUAAUAUGAAUGCACAAUUCAUGUGAGAAGGAAAAUGAUGCAUUGACGCUACAUUCUUGAAACAAUUAUCCGUGAUCGAUUCGAAUCUAAUAAGAAAAAUGACUAUGUGUAUUCAUAUUUGUAGUUAUCCUACCGUAUUUGAUUCGUGUACAUCAAAAAGUAAAGUCCACACAAGUAGGAAAACACACACUUAUAAAAUUAUAAUAAUAUAUAUACACAUGGCAUUGUUUGUGUGAAGAGCAAGUUGCACGUACAAACACAGUUAUAUUGUAAAGCACCUCAUAAGUUAUUAUCUAUGGAGUUUUAGAUUACGUUGUUUUCAAGAAUGCUACAUUAUCUUUACAUAUUUAAAUUGAUAAAUGAAGCAAACUUUUAUAAUAAAGAGUUUCAUUUUACAAAUUUAUAGGCUAGGGAAGACAUUUAACAGCAACAUGAUGUUGAGAAAUUAUAUAAUCACUCACCCCCUUUGUUCUAUAAAGAGUAAAAUUCUAAUUUUAGAUAGAUUAGUGUUAUUGGCAAAUGACCAUACUAUCCUCAGUACUUGUCUCAAUCCCAUUGAAUUUAGGUAUGGAAAAUGUUCAAUUUCCAUAGAAUUAGUUACAACAUGCAACUAAUUAAAUUCUAAAAAAUAUAUUUAAAAGGAUAGGACAGACAGUUGUGAUAAGAUUGUACUUUUUAUGAAACUUUUAACCUUAAAUUGCUCUUUAUGGGACGAGGGAGUAGUAAUGGGCUGGAUUAAAGUUUUGGGCUAUUUUUUUCUCCCAUUAAAACGCACCGCCGAUAGAAAAAAAAAUUGAGCCCGGCGCUCCUUUCCGGCCCAGGACGGCCCCGAGCGCGCGUUCCUUUUUUUUUUUCCUUUUUCUCCGCUUCUUUCCUUUUUCCGCUCAGCUCUCGGCCUUUCUUCCCCAGCGGCGACGACAGGGCGAGCGGCCACCGGCGCUAGGUCUUCACCGGCGACGAGCAUCCGACAGUUCUAUACUGGGUCCGCCCCUGCCUCCUCGCCCUCCCAUCCUCGUUCCGAUCCUUCUUAGGGUGCCGCUUACUCAUCCCCCCUCCUAGGAGGGCGCGAUGGGGUCCGUGGAUCUGAUUGCCUCCUGCCGCGACUCCAUAUGCCAGAUUGGAGAUGAGAUUGCGGAUGCAAUAGUGUAUGUUGAUGCGGGCACUCUGGAGGCCUUUCAGUUCAUAGGAGCGUUUCCUCUGCUUCUUGAGCUUGGUGCUCGUGCUGUGUGCAGCUUGGAGAAUGCGUCACCUCUUGAUGCUGUUGCUGACUGGCACUCAACAUUUUCUCAUCCAGUAAGGAAGAUUGUAGUGCUUACAUCCCGUCUUCUUAGUGAUGCACAUCGAUAUAUUCUGCGAUGCCUGGGCAACCAUGGGACUGUUUCACAUUGUAUGGUGCUGACAGCUAUUUCCGAGAUUGGUCAUUCAGCAUAUGUUGAUUCUCCACUUGGGCCAGAUGCUUUCCAGGAGUACGAGACAUUACUCGUUCAGGACCAUGAGGAGCUUUUCAAAAAGUGUGAGAAAUCAAAUAAACAUAAAGAUAGUAUUAGUUACACAGGGAGUGAUUUCACCUUAGAUGUUGAUAAGGAUUCUGAAUGGGGUUCUGGGGUCCAUUAUGGAUCGAAUUCUGAAUCUAGCCCAACGAAAAGGAAUUUAUUUGAUGGUGACUUAGGCCAGUUAGAAGCGAGCAGAAAGAGGUUGUCUGUAACUGUGUCUCACUUCCCAAUGAUUUUCUCUCCUAUUUCCUCAAGGGCCUUUGUCUUGCCUUCUGAGGGCAUAAUUGCUGACUCAUGCUUGUCGAAUGAGCAUGGAGAUUCCCUUGGUCCUGGUCUACCCUCCAUAUCUACUGGUAAACCUUUCGACAGUGAUGAGGUGCCUCCAGGAGUGACAUUGACUGCUCAGUUCCUGUAUCAUUUGGCCAAUAAGAUGGAUCUAAAGCUCGAUAUAUUUUCACUCGGUGAUACAUCAAAGAUCAUUGGGAAGCUGAUGAUGGAUAUGUCAAGUUUAUAUGAUGUUGGUCGUAAUAAGAGAUCUGCCGGUCUAUUAAUCGUAGAUCGCACACUUGAUCUCCUAACUCCUUGCUUCCAUGGUGACUCAUUUCUUGAUAGGAUGCUGUCCUCGUUGCCACACAAGGAAAGGAUGUCAUCACCAUAUUCUGUAGCGAAAAAUCCACAGACUCCAAGCAAGCAUUCUCACGCUGCUGUUAGACGUGUCCCACUGGAUAUAAAGGUUCCUUUUGAGACAGUUUUUAAGAAGGAAGAACCUAAGAGUAGGACCAGUAUGGUGUCUGAAGGUAUCAUGUCAUUUAUGUCUGGAUGGAACUCUGCUGAAGUUGACACUGAAGUUACCUGGCUACCUGAUUAUUCUGACAAAGCACACGAUGACAGACUUGGCAGUGAACUUGGCACUCUAAGUGGUUCACUCCUAUCGAAUUAUGCUGGAGUACGCUACUUAGAAGCAUUAUUAGACAGAGGAGCAAAAGAUGGGUUAAUGCUGAUUAAGAAAUGGCUUAUCGAAGCUCUUCAGCAUGAGAAACUAUCCUCUGCAUCUAAAGGUCGACAAGGAGCCUCAUCUGUUUCAGAGAUUCAUUCUAUGGUGCAAAUACUCUCACGAGACCAGAUGUCACUGUUAAGAAACCGAGGAGUUAUCCAGUUAGCUCUGGCUGCUGAAAUGACUCUCCUGGAGCCUCAAAGUUCUCACUGGGAUGCUUUUACUAGUGCUGAGAGAAUAUUAAGUGUAACAUCUGCAGAGACGACUCAAAGUCUUGCCAGUGAGCUUCGUGAUUUCAUCAACACUAGCACUUCAGUGGACUCUCACAAACAAGCUACUACAAUGGAGUCUUCACAGGGAUUACUUAGUUUUCAGGAUGUAUUACUUCUAACAAUUAUUGGGUAUAUCUUGGCUGGUGAGAAUUUUCCUACAUCAAUAGCUGGUGGUCCCUUUUCUUGGGAAGAUGAGCGGUCUCUUAAAGAUGUCGUGGUAGACUCUAUCCUUGAGCGACCAUCAUCGGUGAAGCUACGAUUCCUUCAUGGCCUGGAUAAUGAACUUGAAGCUAAAGCAAGAUCCAAAGAUGUUGAGAGAAAUAAUAAGGAUUCUACUGAGCCAGCAUCCAAUACUGAUGAUUUUGAUGAUGAGUGGGGUAACUGGGAUGACAAUGAUAAUGCCGAUGACCAAAAGGAGGAAGCUUAUGGGGACAUGCAACUUAAGUUGGAAGUCCGAGAUAGGGUUGAUCAACUUUUCAAAUUCUUUCACAAAUUGUCCAGUAUGAGGUUAAGAAACCAUGCUCUUGGAGAAGGCCUAGCAGCAUUAAGUAGAUUUGAAACUGAUAGCUACUCAAAGAAAGGCUUGCUUUAUAAAUUGCUAUUAGCUCUGUUGUCAAGGUACGAUAUACCUGGCCUCGAAUACCAUUCAUCAGCUGUUGGUCGUUUAUUCAAGAGUGGAUUAGGGAGAUUUGGGCUUGGACAGUCCAAACCAAGUUUUGGUGAUCAAAGUGUGCUUAUCAUUUUUGUUGUGGGGGGUAUUAAUACUCUGGAGGUGCGGGAAGUUAUGAAGGCAAUCUCAGAGAGCAGCAGACCAGAUGUGGAGCUUGUUCUUGGCGGUACCACCCUUCUCACUCCAGAUGACAUGUUUGAGUUGAUGUUGGGCUCAUAAGUUCAACCUUCAUGCUUGAGGCUUAAUGCUAUUGGGUUCUGACAUCACGGGGUGGUGUACAAGGCAUCUGAAGAAGGGUCCCAAAUAACCCAGAUUAUUGACCCAGUCCAUUUUUCAGAAAUUCUAAUGUCUGGUGGUGCAGAAUGUUCAGACUAUGAAGAGCGUGUUGUUAAUACUACCAGAAGCAAUGCAAGCAGUUGGCAAUGUCUGGUGGACCCUUUGUCAUAAGCUGCAAGACAUACUGUUCUUCAUAGGUUUGCAGCACCGGCAAUAGUGGCCUUUGCAGUAAUCUUCUGAAAAUGCACACAUUGCUGGAAGCUAUACAAAAGUAUAUACAUCCUAUGGAGUCAAUGGCCAGCAUGCUUCUAUCUUAGAACGUCAACAGAUGGCAAACAUUAGAUAAGUCUGAAUUAACCUGCUAACUAUACACUCAAAAUUAGCAUGGACAUCAGGACGUGUUAAUUCUUAUGAGAAGUUGUUUUGCUUCCAAAGAUAUGCUUACUAGUACAGUAAGCAGCAUGUAAAAUCAGUGUACAUUGUAUGGUUGUGAUAAGGAAGUUUUGGAGAUUUACUGCA